CGGUGUUGUCGCGCGCAGCGUUAUAUACUCGAUCAACAGCAGCAGCAGCGGCGUGAGAUAGCGCGACUGCAGGGCCUCUCUCUCGCCUCGUCGACGAAAAAUAAAAGAGAGACCGUCAAAAGAGAAGGAGAGAGCUAUCGCCCGCGUAUAAAACGCAGCGCGCCACCGAACGACUCGUUACUACGACCGUGUCGAUCUUUCCCUGCAUCCCCUCCACAGUGUGCACAGCGAAGUAAUCGCGGCUUUCUUUCGAUCGAAAUUCACGCGCGCGCGUAAAUAAACUGGAGGAAAGAGCCGCGCCGCCAGGUGAGGACGAGGAAGAAGACGAAGUAGAAGCAGAGGAGGAAGGAGCCGAAGAGGAAGACCGUAGACGGAUCGUCAUCCGAUCGGCACGGAGUCCAACCGAUCUCUGAGCCGCGCCAGGGCCCGACUAGGACUUUUUGUAGCCUCGCUCACCACUACGCACGCACGCACUCCUUUUUUUCUCUCUCUCUCUCUCUCUCUCUCUCUCCUCACCCCUCCACAUCCCCCUCUCUCUUCUCCUCUCACUCCGACUACCGAGUGCGCGUAUAAACCAUCUCUCCGCUCGCACACACAGUAGCCGUAGACCAGCUGACACACACAGACACCGCAAUAUCUCGCCGCCGCCAAUCGACUCCGGAAGUUUAAGGAACAUUGUCUCUGUACCCCCACUCUCCAGUCAUACCCCCGCAAGAGCAGCCCCUUCUCACGCGCGGAUUUUCCACUGGCGCGCGUGCGGCUUGCUCAUCGGGCGCUCGCGCACGAGGGGAAGAGAGUAGGAUAAAUCGGGCGGCGUGUUUUCCGAUCGUAUAAAAGGAACGGCACUGGCCGAGCUCAAGCAGCAUGUCAACGAUCCGAUGGAUAGAAACGGGAUUGCACAGAUCUUCGACGAAUUGGUCCAGUUUGCGAGGAGGAUACCUGUGGAGCCCGGCGAAGAGAACUUACGGAGGAUUAGCCAGAGCAGGCAUCGCAAGGACCGGAGUGGCUCGACCUGAUCAUCAUCAACAGAUUAUCGCCAAGAGGGAAUUUGCCAUUUUUAACUGGAGAUCGGCUGUACUGAGAAACGGAGAGAAAAUGUCGAUCACCGUGGCCACACGUUACCCGCAAGUCAGCAACAAGCUGAUGGUGACCCACGCGGCCAAGAGCCCGAGCAGCAAGUACGAGACGCAAGACCGCAUCGCUGACACACCGGUGAUCAGCAACAUCAGUACGCCCCUGACCCCGAAGGUCCGUGCCUUCAUCGAAGAGGCUGUGAGACUAUGCCGACCCGACAUGGUCUACAUCUGCGACGGCAGCGAAGCCGAGAACGAGCAGAUGCUGAAGCUCCUCGAGUCCAAGGGCACCAUCGAGAAACUGCCCAAAUACGAGAACUGCUGGUUGGCAAGAACGAAUCCAGCCGACGUAGCCCGAGUGGAGAGCAAGACCUUCAUCAGUACCCCGAACAAGAAGGACACCAUUCCGACUCCUCGUGACCGAGUCAAGGGACUGCUCGGCAACUGGAUCGCGCCCAACGAUAUGGACAAGGCCAUCAUGGAGCGUUUCCCCAACUGCAUGAAGGGCAGAACGAUGUACGUCAUUCCGUUCAGCAUGGGCCCGGUCGGCUCACCUCUGUCCAAGAUCGGUAUCGAGAUCACCGACUCGGCUUACGUGGUCUGCUCGAUGCGCAUCAUGACUCGCAUGGGAGAGAAGGUUCUGCAAGCUCUGGACAAGCGGGACUUCGUCAAGUGCCUGCACUCAGUUGGUGUGCCCAAGGCCGGUUCCGCCGGCAAGAUCGACGAGACCUGGCCCUGCGAUCCCGAGCGUACCAUCAUCCUGCACAAGCCGGCCAAGAACGAGAUCGUCUCUUACGGAAGCGGUUACGGCGGCAACUCGCUACUUGGAAAGAAGUGCUUCGCAUUGAGGAUCGGAUCGACCAUCGCUAGGGACGAGGGCUGGCUCGCCGAACACAUGCUGAUCCUGGGAGUGACGAAUCCGAAAGGCAAGAAACGCUACAUCGCGGCAGCCUUCCCAAGCGCCUGCGGAAAGACGAAUCUGGCCAUGUUGCAGCCGACUCUUCCGGGCUACAAGAUCGAGUGCGUCGGCGACGACAUCGCCUGGAUGCGCUUCGACGCUCAAGGCAAGCUCCGCGCCAUCAACCCGGAAAACGGUUUCUUCGGCGUCGCUCCCGGUACCAGCAACUCCACCAACCCCAACGCCAUGGCCACCAUCUACAAGAACACCGUCUUCACCAACGUCGCCAAAACCAGCGACGGCGGUAUCUUCUGGGAGGGUCUGGAGAAGGAGGUUCCCGAGAACGUGCAGAUCACGGAUUGGCACGGCAAGCCAUGGCAGAGCGGCUCGAAAACACCGGCAGCCCACCCGAACUCCCGUUUCUGCACCCCAGCCAGCCAGUGCCCCAUCAUCGAUCCCGCCUGGGAAGACCCCGAGGGUGUGCCAAUCGACGCCAUCCUCUUCGGAGGUCGCAGACCGGCUGGUGUUCCCCUGAUCUACCAAGCGCGUAACUGGCAACACGGUGUCUUCAUCGGAGCCACCAUGAGGUCCGAGGCCACUGCCGCUGCUGAGCACAAGGGCAAAGUGAUAAUGAACGACCCGUUCGCGAUGCGUCCGUUUUUCGGCUACAACUUCGGCCACUACCUGGACCACUGGCUGAGCAUGUCCCGCGUGGAGAACGCCAAGCUGCCCUCGAUCUUCCACGUGAACUGGUUCCGCAAGGGACCGAACGGUUUCCUCUGGCCAGGUUUCGGAGAGAACUCUCGCGUCCUCGACUGGAUCCUCCGUCGCAUCGACGGCGAAGACAUAGCCGUCGACUCGCCGAUCGGUUACCUGCCCAAACCCGAGUCGCUCAACCUCGAGGGUCUCGCUGAUAAGGUCGACCUGCAGGAACUGUUCAGUCUGCCCAAGGACUUCUGGAAGAAGGAGGUCAGCGAGCUCAGGGAGUACCUCGACAACCAGGUCAACGACGAUCUGCCCAAGGCCAUCCUCGAGGAGCUCGACAACCUCGAGAAGAACGUCGACAAGCUGUGAAGACUUGGAUGAUGCUCUUUGUUUCUUGUUCUUUUUUUUUUAUUUUCGAUGUAGAGUUGUCGAUCGUGAGAAGCGGUUUCGCUUGUGUGCAAUCGCGUAUAGUUGGCUAUUUUACGUUGUGAAACUGCGAUGUUUCAAAAAAAUGUUAUCCCUCGAAACCGAUUUUUUUUUGUGUUGUAAUUUUAAUUUUAAUUUUAAUUUUUAAUUUUUUUUUUUGUUACGAAUGUUUCUUUUUGAGUCGAAAAAUUGUACCCUCGAGAUUUGCAGCGAACCAAAGUAUUGUCCAAACGCUCGAAACACGCGCAAUAUUAUAUAAAUGAGAAUUUAUUGUUCUGUGAAAGUAUGUAAAUAGUAUUAGUCGAGCGUUACAUUCCAAUAAAACAGAGAGAACAAUCAACAUGACUAUGUAAGCGAUAUAUACGAGACGUAGUUGAAGGAUGUAGAGAAGAGCGCGAGCGCGAUCAUUAUAUAUUUUAUGUCGUGAAAGAAGCUAAUUUCUGUUGGACCAAUUUUUUCGAGACAAGUUUUUAGUAUGUUUACUGUGAAUGCAUGUGAUAGUGAUACGUUAAAUAAAUAAAGAUAUACUUUUUUUAUUUUAAAA